GGGCUUCUGACAGCGUUGCACAGGUCGACUGUCAACGUUAGGACGUCGGGGUUUUCGUCGCUACGUCUUUGUUAGUUGUUUAAACAUUGAGUUCAGUAAUAUGUGAUUUUUUUUAAUCAUGUCACAGCAGGAGCUUUUUGGCAACUCCGCCGCAGAACCUCGCGGUGACAGCGCUCCUGCCGUCGGGAGCAAGAGCAAAAGCCGCCUGGGUCUCAUCGUCACCGGGGUGGUGGGAGGCUCGCUGGUCGCCCUGUACGCAGUUGCGACACCGUUUGUUGUCCCCGCACUGAGAAAAAUAUGCCUCCCGUUCGUUCCGGCGACCACCGCUCAGGUGGAGAACGUGCUAACGGUGCUGAGAGCCAGGACAGGUUCUCUGGUGGACAUCGGCAGUGGAGACGGGAGGAUAGUGAUAGCAGCAGCCAAACGUGGCUUUCAGGCCUCAGGCUUUGAACUCAAUCCCUGGCUUGUGUGGUUUUCUCGCUACAAGGCAUGGAGAGAGGGAGUUCACUGUUCCACCACAUUCCACAUCUCAGACUUGUGGAAGGUCAGUUUCGCUCAGUUCUCCAAUGUGGUCAUUUUUGGAGUUCCUCAAAUGAUGGAGCAGCUGGAGCUGAAGCUGACAAGGGAGUUGCCGUAUUCAGCCAAGGUGGUGGCCUGUCGCUUCCCUUUCCCCACCUGGGUCCCUGAACGCAUCGUUGGCGAGGGCAUAGACACUGUGUGGUUGUACGACGCCAAGACAUUUAAAUCACAGCAGCAGCAGCAAGAGACAACAAGAAAGACGAUGCCAGAAUAAGAGGACACAUGAGUGUGAACACUGGGAACUGUGAUUCUUCUGUGAACCGUUUUUAAAUCCGCAAAGCUUCUACUCUUUUUUUUUGUUUUUUUAUUCCACCUUAAAGGCACAGUAUGCAGCACUUGAAGACUGCUAAUUGUUGCAGUUAAGCACACACGUCAGAUCAAAACAGAAGCAGCUUGUGUUAGUCACCAAUGAAAACAGACGUAUAAUGUCAUCAAAUUACUUUUAAGUCCAGAAGGAACGAGAUCAGCUCCAGAUCAUGGAUUAAAUGCAAACAGUGGCGAUUCCUAGUUGUAAUAAAGUAUUGCUCUGUAUAACUUGAUAUCAUCAAGGAAGAUAAUUUUGUUUUAAACUUUGAAUGAAAUCUCUUAUUGUUUCCAGACAGAUAAAGGUGUUACCAAGAGGUCAGUUAAUGUUUCGAGGCUGUUUAACUACAUUGUUUUGAAUGGUAUCAUACAUCAUGGGUGUGUGGUUUUAGUAUUUAUUAACUAGAGAAAGCACUCAGCGAGCACAAACCUUUGCCAAGGCUGCAAAAGUGAGUACAUUAUUGAUCGAUUGUCACCUAUUUUAAUAACCGUUUAAUUGGUUUUAGUGUUUUUAAAUAAUUAAAAUGAAUUCUGACUUUUCA